GUUCCUGGGUUCCCUUCUUCUCCACAUCACCCCAUUGCUCCGCCCCCACAUCCAUCCCCUUUGCCCUACCCUCUGCGGGAUCCAUCGAGGCGGCGGCGGACGAGUGACGGGAGACGGGAUGGGGAGGAAGGGGCUGGACUACGAGGACCUCAACGAGAACGUCAAGAAGGUCCAGUACGCCGUGCGCGGGGAGCUCUACCUCCGCGCGUCCGAGCUCCAGAAGGAGGGCAAGAGGAUCAUCUUCACCAACGUCGGAAACCCGCACGCACUCGGCCAGAAGCCACUCACCUUCCCCCGCCAGGUUGUGGCGCUCUGCCAGGCCCCAUUCCUGCUCGAUGAUCCCAACGUCGGCCUCAUCUUCCCCGCCGAUGCCAUCGCACGGGCCAAGCACUACCUUGCCAUGGCACCCGGUGGAUUAGGUGCUUACAGUGACUCUCGGGGUAUCCCUGGAGUUAGGAAGGAAGUUGCGGAGUUCAUCCAGAGGCGUGAUGGGUACCCAAGUGAUCCAGAGCUUAUUUACCUGACAGAUGGUGCCAGCAAAGGUGUGAUGCAAAUGCUCAACGCCAUUAUCAGAAACAAUAGGGACGGGAUUUUGGUCCCUGUUCCACAAUACCCGCUUUAUUCUGCUGCCAUUUCCCUCUUUGGUGGUUCUCUCGUCCCAUAUUAUUUGGACGAAGAGGCUAACUGGGGACUUGAUCUUGUCAAUACCCGGCAAUCAGUGGCAGCAGCACGGUCAAACGGAAUCACUAUUCGAGCAAUGGUGAUAAUCAACCCAGGAAACCCAACUGGCCAAUGCUUAAGUGAAGCAAAUUUAAGGGAAAUUCUGAACUUCUGCUAUCAGGAAAAUUUGGUUCUGCUUGCAGAUGAAGUUUAUCAGCAGAACGUUUAUCAAGAUGAACGUCCGUUUAUAAGUUCAAGAAAGGUUUUGUUUGACAUGGGUGGUCCAAUAAGCAGGGAAGUUCAGUUGGUUUCUUUCCAUACCGUGUCCAAAGGUUACUGGGGAGAGUGUGGACAACGUGGCGGGUACUUUGAAAUGACAAACAUUCCUCCCAAGACAGUCGAUGAGAUCUACAAGGUUGCUUCGAUUGCGCUGAGUCCAAAUGUUCCUGGUCAGAUAUUCAUGGGGCUAAUGAUGAGCCCUCCUAAACCUGGAGAUAUCUCAUACCCGAAGUUUGCUACUGAAAGCAAGUCCAUCCUUGAUUCUUUGAGGAGGAGGGCUCAAAUAAUGACCGAUGGUUUCAAUAGUUGCCGAAAUGUCGUCUGCAAUUUCACAGAAGGAGCUAUGUACUCGUUCCCCCAGAUACGCUUACCGCAAAGAGCUAUGGAUACAGCCAGAAGCGCUGGCAAAGAACCCGAUGUUUUCUACUGUCUCAAGCUUCUGGAAGCCACCGGAAUAUCCACUGUUCCAGGCUCAGGUUUUGGUCAGAAAGAAGGGGUGUUCCAUCUUCGGACGACCAUCCUGCCAGCAGAGGAGGACAUGCCGGCCAUCAUGGCGAGCUUCAAGAAGUUCAACGACUCAUUCAUGGAGCAGUACCAAGAUUAUUCCAAGCUGUGAUGUGAAGAGAAACAACAAGAAUAUUCACUAUAAUGAAAUGCUGCUAUUUUCUAGCAGUAAUUAAAGUUAAAAAUUAGCUGUAAGCUGUAACUCUGGUGAUGGGUACUCGUUGCUGUGCUUGAUAUGUAUAGGGAAACAAUUCUAUGGGUCAAUAUAAUAUUCAAUCAUACUGUAA